CGCAGGUUCUCGAUCAUCUCGAGGCAGAUGACUGGUAGACUAGACGACAUGACAUUGGUUCGCCUCAAGUAAGAAGUUAUUAGCAACAGCGACGCAUCAGAACAAACAAAGAUCAAGAUGUAAGACUCAAAAUGUUGGUUUCGCUUGCACUUCCUUCUCCCAACUGAAAUUGUUUCUUGCUCGACCGAUAUUACAUCACUUACAACCUAAGUUAUACAUAAGUCUCUUGAAUUUUCGUCCGGUGAGGUUGAAUCCACAAAUAAACAAUGAGUAGCUCAUCUUCCGCGGCGGCUGAAGACAGGCGGCCGCAGCGUUGUGAAGUGCAGCUUUUCAUCCACGUUGAACCACGACCUCCUGGAGCGAAAAUCCACGACCUGCGGGAGCUGUACGACCCCCCGAAGCAUACGCGCAGCUGGGAAGUGUGGCAUGCCGCACACGAGCUGGUGGUCGACGAGGUAGAGCAGGUGCUUGGCGAACAACUGGCGGAAAAUGCUGAAUCCGGGCCCCAUUCGGCGCCGGAAUUUCUCCGCGUCUUCCUGCACGGCAGCGACCCGGCCGACUACCUGCGACAGACGAUCCGGCGGCACGGGAUUGCCGUGAUUGACAAAAGCACCGGCGCUCGGCUCACCGUCCACGCGCUGCCGCAGGGCCGGGGGGUGAUGUCAAUGUUGGAUUCCCUUAACGACGCCAGCAACGGUGCGGAAGACGCACUUGACGCACUGGAGGAGGAAAUCGAUGCGGUCGCCGAGGGUGUUCUUGGCCAGCAUGUAGAAGAGGAAAUCCGGGCGCGAGUCGAAAGUCCACUAGAAUCCGCCCGGAAGGCGGUCGCAGCCUUCGGCCAGGAGGUCCGGAAAGCGCAGGUCCGCCUUGCCGGGAGGGACGAUGAGCUCAGAAAUGAAAUGCUCUGGGUGCGGAAGUUGAGGGACAAAUUGGAGGAAGUGGCUGGCGACCACAACGAAUGCGUCAAGCGAAUGGACCUGGCUAGAGAAGUAUCCGUGGGAAUUGGAUGUGAACUGCCUUCGUCUUAGUUAUGAGUAGUGUAUUCAGGAGACGCGGCUUGCAUUUGCAAUGCCAAUGCAAAAUAAAUAUGCGGGGUGAGUGUCAUUGUCAUAAAAAUGGUCCUCAAGCCAGAAUCUACUUCACCCUAUCCAUGCAUUAGGAUGCAGAAUACAUUGCCAGCCCAAGAACUCCAAGUACAAGUUCGAGUUCCUAUUGAAGGCGAAGAUGUAGAUUUUGCACAGCAUAGAUUGCGCUUGACGACAUGAAGCGAGAAGCCGCACAAAUUGCAGCCGCAAAGUCCUCGUCAAAACGACCAGCAGACGCAUCAGCGGGGGGUGCGAGCGGAAAGACCACGAAGAAGGCGAAACAGUUGAACAACGAUAAAUCCUCCGCGAGCUGCUGCCAGUCUGUGGCAACAGGAAAUAAAGCUGCGCAGAGCUCGUCUUCUAGUAGCAGCGCACCAAGCUCCGGCGGGGCGAUCGGAGUAGCGGUAGCUGCGCAAGCAAAAAAAGAGCUGGGAAUAGGUAAUUAAAGUAUUCUAGUCCUACGCCUUGUAGCUUCUGAUCCUACAAGAAUGGCGCAUCACGCGCAUGACGUUUGAAAAUGAAAACCGAAACUACUGGACAAACGCCACCUAGGUCACAAAGCGAAGCUGGAACGGGUCUUGUCGAUGACGCUCAAGGAGGCGAAAGAGGCCAUUAAGGCGAAUAGCCUCGCCGCGCCGGAAGGGGAAACGCGGGGGCGCGCGGCCGAGGCGGUAGCGCGCGUGUUGGCGUUCGAGUUCCCCGGGGAGGACGCGUUGCAACAGGUGCGAGACUACUAUGGGACUCUCAGUUGUUACAUUCUCAACUGUUACAUGAAUUUGUAAUGCAAGCAUAGCGAAAGUCAAAGGGGGAGGAUUGCAUCUCUAGCAUUGCAAAUUCCGCACAGAUUUCAAUGCUGUUGAGCCCUUCGGGAAUUUGUCAUGCGAAGUCGCUGCGCCGUGUGGAUGUUGGUGUUGGUUUUGCAUGACAAAUUCAUGAUAUAGCAGUUGAAAAUGUAACGUUUGAGAACUCCAUAACUACCUCGCGGAGAAGCUCCGGGGAUUGUGGGCGCAGAUUGCCGCCUAUCAAAUGUAAAAAUGUCUGGGUCUGGAAGAAAAAGAAUGCAAGAUUUGUGAUGCAGGUUUUCCAUGAUCCAUGAGGUCUGGAAUGCGAGACCCAGCAUGACAGAUUUUUUGAGGUCUCUAUCAUGCGUUUCUUGCAUGAGAAACUCCCGCUCAACUUGGUCGAAAGCGGACAGCUUUUGGUACUCACGCAACACAGAUUUUUGCAUCAUUCAGAUUUAGCAUGACAAGUUCUAACCUUCCAGACCCAGACAUUUUUGCGCUUGAUACCGCCGCGUGCGUGGACCUGAGCGCAGAAAAAGACGCCGGCCGGCAGGCCCUCGAGAACGAGGCGAGGAGGGUGGAAGUAAUCCACGUCCGGCUGUGUCAGAUGAACGAGGGUCGUCGGAGCCACCAAAACUAGGCAGGUGGUGAAGCAUUUUUAACGUCGCUGCGCAUGGAGGUGUAACAUUGAAUGGUCCGGCGUUUGUUCUGCGCAUUUCUUUCUUGCACCAGCACCAGCUCGUCUGAUCGCCGCAGCAGGAUCUGUGAAAGGGCUGGAGACCUAGAACGGCAAGAGUCAGAGUGAAAAAGCGCACGAGCUGCCAAACAAAGGGUCGUAAUCCCAUUCAGAUUUUUGUGUUGGUCGUGAAGGUGGACUCCGGUUUGAUAAAACAAAGAAGACUUAAGCUACAUCUUCAUAAACACACGUUGCAGAUUCAGCAGCACUGGUGCAGCUACUGCUUCUGACCAUGACGGGUCGAACACUUCCCAGGUUCGAUUUUGCUUCCUAU